UUCAAAAAAAACGUACAGAUUGAAUAUCACUGGCAUUUUAUUUUGCGUAUAUUUAAAAGAAAACUCGAAAGAUACACCUGAAAAUGGAGUUGAAUACUGAUAAUCCUUCAAACGAAGUUAGCGUCCUCGCGCCUAACGAUCAGGAAAAUGAGGACGCCAAUCUGAAUUUGGAAACUCUAGACGCUGUGGGCACUCCAAUGGCCAAGAAAACGCGUAGAGCCGUCCUCAAACGAAUGAACGCCACUUCGGAAAAGGAUUCGCCAACACAUCCUGAUCCUCCGAAAACGCCUGGCUCGCCUGGCCAUGUUCGUCCAACCACUGAAACCCCAAGACGCAGUUGCCGCAAAAGUGUGCGUCCGCCAAUCGACUAUGAUGACAUAGUGCGAUCCGCCAAGAAAGUUUUAGUUGAAGCAUCAACUGACGAUCCCGAGAACGAAGAGCCCUCCACUCAAAAGUGGAGUGCCGCAGAGGUGGGCAAAAAUACGCGCAAGCGCAGUCGCAAGUCCAAGCGCGUAGCUAGCAAGAAGCAGAAAACAGAUCAGGUUGUUUUUGAAGAAAAUGUUGGGGAAGUGCAGGAUACAGAGAUGGAGAUUCCAAAAGAAAAUGUGGAGAAGCCUCAGGAUCAAGUUAAAAUUACAGAGGUUCAAGCAGACAACGAAGAAGUGAAGCAACGAAAAUCCAUUAGGAAAUCCACCAAGACAUCUAAAAAUCAAGUUCAACCCCGAAAACAAAACUUCGAGGAACAAGAGCCAUCCAAAUAUAUAGUUGCUGAUGCGGAGAAAGAUGAACUGGGCUUGUGCCUACUGGAUAUGGAUGACAAUGAUAAAGAGGAAACAAAUAUAAAGGCGGGAGAGUCAGCUGAAACUGCUCCAAAGAAGAAAGAUGAAAAUGUUGUUGUUCAAGAUAGAGCGCAGUUUAGUACUGACGAAAAAGUUGAUGAAACCACAAAACCACUUACACCAAUUAAACAGAAAAUAAAUACAGUUGAAGAUAGCCUUUCUGUGGUACAAUCAGCUGAGGCAGCUAAUGUUAUCGAUGAGCAAAGCCCUGAAGAAGAAAUGCCCUCACUAUUUAUGGAAAGUGAAGAUCUGAAUGGACCAGAGAAGUCGCCGCUUAACACCACAUUCGACGCAGAGGAUAAGAAAGAUUUAGAUGCAAGCGUUAUCUUGGUUGUUAGUCCCCUUCAGCAGCCAGAAGCUAAGGCCUCCAAUAUUGAUGCAAGUGUUAUCCUUGUGGACAGUCCUGAACAAUCUGAAAUUUGCGCUCCUAAGCCAGAAAUUUCUGAGGAAAAAUCAGAGAUUAAAGUGGUCCUCACAACAGAAGAUGAUCAAGACCAGGUCCUAUUAGAUCUAAAUGAUAUAUCUUCGCCAAAGGAGUUAAAUCCCAGGAAAUCAAAGGGUUAUCGAUUCCCCACACCAUAUAAGACAGGAACGAUCUUUAAGUUUACAAAAACACCAGAGGCAGUUAGCAAGCAUAACAUUAAAACCUUUUUCGAGGAAGAUGUUUCUGUUACAAAGAACGUUCGCAAACGUUCCAAGUCAACGAGCCAGUUAAAUGAUAACGUGUCGAGGACUGUAUCUUUUCAGAGUCCCAUUGAGAUUGCCCAUGUCGAGGACAUUGACAAGCGCUGGAAGGGACUUCAAAAAAAUAAUGUUAACAACCGCCGCAGGCGAUCAAAGUCAUUGGAUGAGAACCGUUGCAAAAUAAGCAGGAUUCCCAAGCCAAGCAAAGGAGUUAUACUGGUAAACAGAACCAACACACCUAGCCAGGUAAAUAAGCGCACAAAGAUGCCCAAUUUUGCUGCCAUGCAUGAAAAGCAGUUUGCCAGGAUGGAAAGCCUCUUGGAUCACGUCGAACGGAAGGCGGAGCGCGCUAAAGUGCUGACAAACUCAGUGCAAAAGCAACCAGGAUCAACCUCCAAGAAGCCGCAAAUUUCUGCUUCUGUGGAAGAGGGCACCCGUCCAAGAGCAAUGAAAAAGAUCGACAUGACCGCCAAUCGAAGUAUGGUGAUGGAACACUCAACCGAUAAGCUCAACUCAUCCCGAUUGCCCUUGAAGACCACCGCUCCCGUUCUCAAUGUGGUUCCGAAGCCAGCAUUCAAUCUGUCCACCUCUAUGGUGAAGACAUUUAACGCUACGUUCAGCAGCAGACCGGUAGAGUCGCAUGAUACCAAGCUCGCGGAGCGACGUCAACGUCGCAUUGAAAUGUUUAAAGGCAGGACAACGAAGGACCAAAAGGAAAAAGCAGAGUUCAUCCGUGGAGUGCGUCUGAAUCGGCGAUUUGAGCUACAAAUGCAACACCGUCGGCACUUGGAGGAGGAUUAGUUUCCUAAGUUAUUUUGUUAAUUCUUCAUAUUUCCUUAUGCUUAACCUUAUGUAUUCGCUUUAACAUACCAGUUUUAAUUUUAGAUUCGUCUAAAAGGAGAUUCAAAUUUCUGUUAAAUCCAAUAAAUAUGUUUUCUUGUGUCA